GCGUCAUGUGAUUCGCGAAAGAGUGGCGAAAACAUAACAAAAACAGCAAUUACGAAACGCAACGCAAUGCAAAAGGCGCUGCCCGUGACGUUAAGCCUGCCCAAAACCGGACACGGAUGUUGGCUACUCGUGCUGAUGCUGGCCAUGGCACUGAGUCCGCUGCAUGCCACGGACGAUGGACACCAGAACAAGCGCUACUCGGACCAGAGCGUGCAUGGUUACAUGACCGAGCGCACCUGCUGGUGGAAUGAGGUCUGCAAGGAGGAGUUUCAGAAUCUAUUUCGCUGCAAGUGCCCACAAUAUUCCUACUGCCGCUCGCCGGGACGUUAUUACAAUGCAUACUGUUCCAUGACAGAUACCGGCUAUAUUUGGACCCAACUGGCAUUGGGUACCGUUGAGCGCUGAGCGCGUGACGUCACACAUAUCACAGCAGCAGCUAUAACAGCAACAACAGUAACAAUAACACGAUAACCAACACCAACAGCAGCUACACUGACUGCUGCCAGUAUGCAACCAUUUCCCAAGUGGCCUACAAAAUAAUAUUCUAAAAUGGCAGCUAUGCUAUUACAUGUCCAUUGGUUACAAAUAUAAUAUAAAGCGACG